ACAAGCACGGUGCCCCGUGAUUGCAGGACCGACCCUGGAGACAACGCAGAAGAUGAGUGCACCCCCUCAGAACAACAAGUCAAGCAGCACGGGAAGCAGCCUGGUUACAGACAGCCACAAAGAGAUGGGUGGGAGUAGCUUCAUCGCUGGAGUCUUCAUCCAGGCCAUGAAGAAGAAGAUGAGCAUCUACGAUGCCAUGAAGAGGGGCAUCCUGACCCCGGGUACGGCCCUGGUGCUGCUGGAGGCGCAGGCUGCGUCGGGGCUCCUCACUGACCCCAUGAGGAAUGAAAAGCUGUCGGUGAAAGAGGCCCUGGCCGCGGGACUCAUCGGCAGAGACUUCUACGAGAAGCUGCUGUCGGCAGAAGGAGCCGUGACGGGGUACACAGAGCCAUACACGGGGCACAAGAUCUCCCUCUUCCAGGCCAUGAAGCAGGAGUUCAUCGUCAAGGAGCACGCCAUCCGCCUGCUGGAGGCCCAGGUGGCCACCGGCGGCAUCAUCGACCCCGUGCACAGCCACCGCAUCCCCGCUGCCUACAAGCGCGGCUACUUCGACCAGGAGAUGUGCCAGUUCCUUUCCAACCCCAAGAAUCAAAUGAAAAGCUGCUUCGACCCCAACACGCGUGAAAACCUCACCUACACGCAGCUCCUGCGCCGCUGCGUGCCCGACCCGGACACGGGGCUGCUGAUGCUGCAGCUGAUGGACAAGGGCUCCGUGCUCUACCAGCUGAGCAAGGACGCCCGUAGAGCCCUGCAGACUGCCCACACCACCGUGGGUGUGGGGCUCUUCCAGGGCCAGAGCGUCACCGUCUGGGAGCUCCUCUUCUCCCGCUACGUCCCCGACCAGCGGCGAGAGGAGCUGCUGAGGAAAUACAAGGCUGGGACCGUCACCGUGGCGGAGAUGAUCGCCCUCCUCACCGCCAUCGUCACUGGGGCUGAAAUGGAAACUGGGGAUCUGAGCUCGUCCACCGUUACAGCCACCAGUGAGGUGGAAGCAUCACAACCAGUUCGGGAUACGCGCUGCCAGGAGCAACAGUUGAGAAGGUCCUUGAAGUCUGUCACCAUCUGCGUCGCUGCUGGGGAGCUCAAGGGGCAGAGAGUGUCUGUGUGGGACCUGCUCCACUCCAGGUACAUCCCCGAGGAGAACAGGAAGGAGCUGCUGGAGCUGUACCAGGCCGGAGAGUUAACCCUGGAGCAGGUGAAAACCGUGGUCAGCACCAUCGUGACCAAGGCAGAGGCAGCAAGGGCAGAGCAAGAGGCAAAUGUGAGUCCGAGAGCAGAGCCGAGAGCUGCAGGGGCUGAGCAUGAGGACAGGACCUGGGAGGAGACCCUGAAGACCACGACAGUCGAGGUAUCAGUGGAUGGGUUGCAGCAGGAGCAGGUUUCAGUGUGGGACCUGCUCUUCUCUGACUACAUCCCCGAGGAGAAACAGCAGCAGCUCCUGCAGCUGUACCGUGAACGGGUGUUAACUCUGGAGCAGAUGAUAGCUGUUGUCACCAGGGUCAUCAAGAAAAAGGAAUCCACGGGCAGGAAAUUCCUCAUUACAGCCAAGACCUCUGGCAAGGACACUGUGUCAGUGGAUGGAGAGAAGGACGACAACUCCUCCAAAGAAGAACCAAGGGAAACAGCCUUGAAAACCACCACUGUCGACAUGGAGGUGGGGGAAUUUCAGGGCCACAAGGUGUCUGUGUGGGACCUGCUCCACUCCAAGUACAUCCCCGAGGAGAACAGGAAGGAGCUGCUGGAGCUGUACCAGGCCGGAGAGUUAACCCUGGAGCAGGUGAAAACCGUGGUCAGCACCAUCGUGACCAAGGCAGAGGCAGCAAGGGCAGAGCAAGAGGCAAAU